AUGGGUCGACAUCGUCUAAUUGCCGGAGCUAUCCUCAUCUUCACCUUGUUCACCGGUGUCAUCUUUCCCUCCGAUGCUCAGGGAGAAGGCAAUGGGAACGGCUUAACUGUCGGGUUUUAUGCUUCAAGUUGCCCCAAGGUUGAAGACAUUGUUACGGAGGUUGUAGCUCGAUUAUCGAAGCAAGAUCCCACGCUCCCUCCUGCUCUCCUCCGCCUCUUUUUCCAUGAUUGCUUUGUCAAGGGUUGUGAUGCCUCAGUCCUGUUAGACGAAACACCAUCUGGUCAGCCUGUAGAGAAAAAAUCAGCAGGCAAUGGUGACACAAUUAGAGGUCUUGAGGUCAUUGAUGAGAUAAAGACUCAGGUCGAGAAAGAGUGCCCCAAAACUGUAUCCUGCGCUGACAUAUUAGCAUUUGCUGCUAGAGAAGCCGUUAAUCUCUCCGGCCUACCCCGUCACACAGUCCCAGCCGGUCGCCAUGACAGUAGGACUUCCCGUGCUUCUGAUGCCGACUACUACCUUCCUACACCUGCAAUGCCUCUAGAAAAGAUUAUUGCUAUGUUCGCCGAAAGAAACCUGACAAUAGAAGAUAUGGUUGUCUUGUUAGGCGCACAUUCCAUGGGUCAAGCACAUUGCACCCAAUUUACAGACAGACUAUACAAAUUUAACAAAGAUACUCCCCGGGACCCUUCCCUGAACGCAAUAUAUGGUAAUGAGCUAGCCGGAAAAUGCCCGGAAGCAAUGUCUAAGGAGCAAGCAUCACGUACCACGGUGGACUUGGAUCCGACGACACCCCGUGUCCUCGACAUUCAGUAUUAUGUGAACCUGUUGCAAGGGAGAGGCUUGCUUCAAUCGGAUCAAGUACUUUCUACAGAUUCCCGCACCGGAGGCAUUGUGAACGCAAUGGCUGCUAGCUCUGAUACUUGGAGUACAAAAUUUCUCAGGGCCAUAAUCAAGAUGGGGAGAUCAAAUGUUCUCACCGAAGAUGAAGGAGAGAUUAGAACAAAUUGCCGGAACUAUCUCAAAUAA